AUAUAUUUUGUGGCAUGUCGCAAAUGAUAAGUCAAAAAAAAAAAAAACAGUUCUUUCUGACGACAGUUUUAAAACAACAGCCGAAACGUUCUAAGUCCAAAUUGAUUUUUGUUUAUUUUGCCACCUCGUCCGAAACUUACACACACGAAGUGUAAAAAGAACACAAAAUUGAACGUUUAACCCGAAAAAGUAAACUCUCUAAUCUGCGUACUUUUUUGCACAACAGUAUAAAAGUAGUUCUUCAGCAUAAUUUAUGUUACAAACCGUAAGAAUUCACUUUUUCUCACAACAACUCUACAAAAUUUUAGAAUUUUAUAACUUCUAUUAUAUAGAAUGCACAAGCACAGCAAAUUUCACGAUUAAGACAAAUAUAUAAAACAGACACACAUCAGUUUUAUCAAAAUUACAAUGGAUCCGGAAAAGUACGUUGUACAUAACGUAGUACAAUCCACUAUAACACAAUCCAUUAUAAAAAUAUGUGAACAAGAAAUGCCCAAUAACAUUUUUUCUGGAAAAUGUAUGCAUGUUGGUUGCGGUCCGGGUAACACAACAAUGUCGUUGCUCUUGCCAAAUCUUCAUCCACAUGCGACAUUGAUAGGUACAGAUAUUGACGAGGACAUGAUCGAAUUUGCGAACAAAAACUACCGCGUUGAAAGACAUUUGACAUUCGAAGUGAUGGACAUACAAACAAAACGAUUACCUGACAAAUAUGUUUGUGAAUUUAAUCACAUCUUUUCAUUUAACACUUUACAAUGGUGCACUGACAUUCAACAAGCGUUUGUGAAUAUUUAUCACAUGCUUCGAAGCAAUGGGAGUGCAUUGUUUUAUUUUGAAAUAAAGAGUGAUGUUCCUUCAAUUCUCGAAACUUUGGCGACUGAUAACCGCUUUGCACCAUAUAGUCAGGAACUGAGCGAUGUUUAUCUAUACAGCAAACCUGUGAGUUUUUUUGCAUUAGGAAUAACAAAAUUCCUUGCAAGUAUAGGAUUUUCGAUUGAUACUUACAAUGUAGAAGGUUUUACAAUUUACGGUUAUGAGCAUUUUGAAUCAGUUCUUGCUACUACUCUUUCGUCCAUGAGUCCGCUAAUACAUAAACUACCGAUUCAUUUAAGGGAAAAAUUCAGAAAUCAGUUUGCUUCCAACUUUAAAAAAAAGUAUGUACAUUCCAGUAAAAAAAACUCGUUGAAAAACAAUAUAAAUACCACAAUACUAAUAGUGCAUGUAUUUAAAUUGCCACAAUUACGUUACAAAUUUCUACUGACUUCCAAUGAAAUUCCACCGAAUGCAUUGGUUUCCAAUAUUUCAUUGAACGAAGCACACCAAGAGAACGUACAUAGUGUAAUAGAAAUGUAUGCAAAGGUGUUGCGAUAUAUGACUGGAAAAUGUAUGAACAUUAGUUGUGGUCUCGGUGACGUAACAAAUUUACUUGUAUCAGCUCUUGAUCCAAAUGCGACACUGAUAGGUAUAGAUACUAGCAAGUCCGUAAUCGAAUGUGCGAGACAACUUAAUAAAAAUGAAAGAUUAACAUUCGAAGUGUUAAACAUAGAAACCAAAGUUUUACCUGAAAAAUAUGUUUCUCAAUUUGAGCACAUUUUUUCAUUUUGUGCUUUACAACAGUGCAAAGAUAUUCGACAAGCAUUUGUGAAUAUUCAUCGCAUGCUCCGACCGGGUGGAUUUGCAGUUUUGUGGAUUAAAACAGAGAGUGAUAUUUCUGAAAUUCUUCAAACUUUAGUAAAUGAUGAACGCUUUGAAAACCACAUUACAAUGGACAAGACAAAACUUUUACGUAUGUACGACAUCAACUUUUCACUUAAGAGAGAUACAAUAAACAUACUUAAAGAUAUCGGUUUUCUUAUUCGUCACAGCUCUUUCAAAGUAGAAUAUUGCAGAUCUAAAUAUUUUUAUGAAUAUUUAGAUUUCUUUAUCAAUAACAUCUUAACACCAAUGAUAAGUAAUAUGCCGCCUGAAAAAAAAGAAGAAUUCAAAGAAGCCUUUAGAAAUGAAAUUAUAAAGAGAAGUGUGGAUCCCAAUUUAAAAAUAGGUAUAAAUAAGUUACUUCUAAAGAAUGUGUGCAAAGGAGACACAUCAACAAUGAUAUUUGCAGACAAAAGAACAAUAUGAUGAAAGUGUAAAAGUACACAUACACAUUAUAUGAGAUCGAGCAUUCUUGAGUAAUGAUACAAAAUAUAUAUGUAUAAUUUUUUAAUACUAUAGUAAAAUAUAGCAUA